ACGAAACAACAAACUCGUCCGAGCUGUCACUGCGAUCGGUUGUGUUUUGCGGACCGCGCGUAGUUAGUUCUGCAACCAUCCGUUUGAGCUACGAAAUCCAAAAAAAAAGCAUAAGACCAAUGUUUUGCGAAGUUCCGUUGCCCUGGUGACUCUGGUGUAACACAUAAACUCUCGUGAACACCCAGCACACCACCUCAGGUCCUACACUGUGUUUGAACCGCUACGAAGCUGAACGCGAAACUUGAUCAGAAGAAACAUAACAAACAUACUGGGAUGGUAGAGAGGGUAUACAGGUAGUAUCUCUGCUGCAUGUUUUCGGUUCAUACUUGUAUGUUUGCGUGUGCAGUGGUGUUUUGAAGUGGCGGACCUUCCGCAGUGGACUGUGCGCGUAUUUGUGUGCUCCGAGGUGAGAUUGCGUUGGACCAAGUAGUAGCAACUCCGAGUUGAGCCUUUUUGGGGAGCAUAUUUGGUGUGCAAUUGUAGAAUAAACGCAUUCGAGUGUUUCCCGAGCAGGGUUUAGCUGUAAGGUCCAAUAGAGAACCGUGAUUUGUGACCUAGAGUAUCUCAUCGCCCACCACCGGAUACUGACAGGUGCCCGAGAGGAUAGCUGCACCCCAAGUGAUUGUAAGGAUUAUAUGAAUCAUCAGGAAAUGACAUUUGAUGACCUAGUGCGGCUGACUCCUGUGAAUCGUUGGAGAUAUACGCGAUAGGCAACGAACUCGGAUAUUUUGAAGGCUAUACGAUCAGCUGGAAUUCGGUGUGAAUGAACGUGCAAACAGACUGCUGUAGACGGGAGGUAACGUUGUGCUGAAAUGUUAUUGGCUUAUUUUAACGACAAGCGGAUGUUAACCUGUGCACAAUAAGUGUGAACUUUUUCGCUGCAUGUAAACUUGCGUAAAUUUCGUCUAGUGGACCUAAUGGGUAGUUGAUGUAAUAACUUUGUGUGACAUGUGAUUUCGCUGAAAAAAAAACUCAAUUCAAAACAGUGGUAUGUUCGAAAAAGUAUGUGAAUAGUGUUUAUAUCCAUUCAGCCGGAGCUAUAGUGGGAAACCCAAAGUUUGUUGUGAAUAAACAUACGUGCGCUUGCGUUGUUUGUGUGGAAGAAGCAGACUGUGUUAUUGUCUGCUUUGUUUUGGCAGACUUCAGACUUUCUGCCCUGUCGUCUCGAGUGAAGCUGUUGAGAGUGUAGCGGAGACCUCCGUAAACUUUACGCUGUUUCAGGAAUAAAACCGGUGAUGGAUUCGAGCACUGUAAUCGUCCGGUGAGGAUAUCAGCGACAGCAUUGCUGCACCAGAGGCGUACCUCCAAAGAUGUGACUGUACAUUACUUCAUUUAAACCAACGAAGAAAUGCCACAAAGUACCGUUAAAUAUCAGCAAGUAACACAUAUUCUCACGAAAUAACAGUGAUUGUUAUAACAGUGGAAUAAUUCCACCGAGUAAUCAAAGGACUGUCUAAGUACAACGGAUUUCAUGCCCACAAGCGAGCAUUUUACCGCUAUUGAUCCCAUUUUCCUUCCAAUCAAUUCUGAGCCCUGCAGAAAAGAACAAUGGCUCCGUUUUCCUCUCUUCCGCGAUCGAGUGGGUGCAUCAUGUCCCUGACAGGAUUGAUUGCAGUUUGUAUCGCCAUCACAUCAUCUCCAGUGGUCAAUGGCGGUUUGAUUGUUAAGAGACAAGCUCUGGAAAGCGAUGCCACGACCAGGAUCUCAAUUGAAGAAACCACCACGGUGCUACCGGCGACCGUGACAUCCACCAGUACCCGGAUGAUAGAUUUCCAGGGUGAUCCGAAACAACCACUGACUCGGGCGAUAGAGUUCGGAUUCAAUUAUGAAGACUCGUCGGAGCCAGCCAUGGUGGCUGAAUUGCGUCAGUUUGAGCCAUCGAGGGUCGCUUCCACUACCGAAGCUCCGGCUGCCAAUACCCUAGCGUCUGUUGUAAUGACAACAACAACAACCACUCAGCCAAAUGUAACAGAACAAAGUUCUCCUGUGUCUGUCUCCAGGAACGUGGAAGAGAAACUCAAACGACUCGUUUCCGAACAGAUCACAACAACUGUAGCAGCCCCAUUGGUUUACAUCACGACCACAACCAGUUCACCCGUUAUUGCUGCCCUGUUGCGUGACGAGAAGACCGAUACUCCUCCUAGCAUCGAGCGAGGAGCCGCAGGAGAACUUCCGGUAACAGAAAGUGAAAGCGAAAGCACAACCAGCGCUAGGGAAUCGCAAACCAUCCCGGUCAGCUUGGCUUCGGAGGAAAGUGGAUCAGGAGAAGUUGCAACGACAGUUUCGACGGAUGGUGCUGAGAACAUCACCAGGUUCGAUUUGAAUAGGUACAUACUCCCAUCCAACUUCUCCGAUGGUGGAAUCUCGCUGGAAGACACUCGGCAGGAGCGACAGGAGUUUUUCGCUACGACGGAGCUGGCCGAAUCUUGGGACACAACUACAACCCUGCCUGCAUUAUCCGGUACGGAAGACCGUGGUCUUGCGGAACUGUUAGCGACAACCGAAACAAAUGAAAUCAUCGUACCACCGGGGCUGGUCAACAAGACGCAUACUAUCGAAAGCAACCGAACUGUUCGUGUAGACAAAUCGGAGGUCGAAACCAACGAUUACGAGGUGAUUUCAAACGAGGUGCGCAACCAAACUGUCCGAUCUAAGGGGAAGAAGGGUAAGUUCCUGGAUCAAUUUGGAGCGACUGAAGAUAAUGACAUAAACGGUGCGGUGUGGGCUUUGGCCGGAAUGAGGCUUGUCGAUCGAACUUCGAACAAGGCUGGCCAAGCGACUGGAGAGAGCGUGGAGGUUAUACGGGACGACGAUGAGAAUGUAAUUGCCAACAAUACGCUUAAACAGCUGACGGAUUGGGCAAUCAUCAUGCAAGAUGCAGAUUUUGCCAACAGUUCUUUUGUACGCCCAACGAGCGGUGAAGUGGGAAUCGCUAGUGAUGCGAAGAACAGGAUAACAUACGCUAAUAGGGACCCGAACACUGAUGCGUUAAGCGAAGAAAACCGAAUUACACCUGUCGUCACUGAUGUGCUCCCAGAAGGGUCAGCGGAGGUAACUGUCGCCGUACCGAAGGCUAACAUGGUAAUGGAGGUUCCGACUACAACAUCAGCCGCAGAUGAUGAGCUGGAAGAUUUUAAAUUCGAAGAUCGAAGCAAGGUUGUCUUUGAGACAACGAAACGACCUGAAAUAACUAAUUUCAUCCAGGAAACAACCACUAUUCUCAAUGCCAAGACUGAAUCACUGGACACCACAAUGAGACCAGCCGGUGGAUAUGAGGUGACCGAAAAAACGGAUGAUAAUGAACAAUUUGCCCUUCCGGUUCAGACAACCACUCUGAAGACUGAAGUGACGACUAUGAUGGAAGAUGUACCAAUUACAACUUAUUCGCCCGCUUCGCCACUAACCAGAAGAACUGAGCCGACAACGGCGGCGGUGACUUUGACUACCACUACUUUGAAACCAGUUGUGACGACCUCACAGGAAUCAGUUACACCCAGUUCGUUCAAAUCGGUCGAGGAAACGACCUUCCAAAUGACUACAACUACUACUACUACAACGACGACCGCUGCAACGACCACUUCGGAAAGCAAUAGUUCCCUGAUCAAUGAACUCGCAGAGAUAAUUGAUGAUGGGGAUAAUCGUUCGCCAGAGGUGGAUCCAAAUGCAAUCAAUCAAACUGACAGUGAACCGGUCAUGACUUCGUCUACCAGCGCUCCCACAUCUCCAGUUGUGUUAGCCAUCACCGACCCGAUCAUAUCCCAUCCAUCAACUGUUCAACCUACCUCGGGAACCACCGAAAAGGUGGACUUGUCCGGUCAAGUGACCGAAAGUACCGAACUGUUCACCAAUGAACAGGUUGUGGUCGACGACAAAAAUGUUUACGAUACCAUGCCGGAAUCGAUUGAGUCGGAACGGACCUUCCCACCGCAAAUUCAGUCCACUGCCGAGCCAAGCACAACAACGCGCCGCUCGGUGGAACGUCAAAUGACUACUACAACCACCGAGUUAUCAGAAGAGGAAUCCAUAACCGAGGAAGAGUACAUCGAAGCAAAUCCGUCCGUUCCUGCCGGCGGAGCAUCCGAACAUUCCUCAGCGAAAGCCCCACUUGAUCGGCAACCAGCUGCCGAAACAACACCAACGCCAGUUCUGUCGGAGUCCGAGGAAGGAGGAAGCGGUGUGGUUGUGGCCAUCGUGGCCAGUCUUGUCAGUGUGAUCGUUGUCCUGCUACUGAUUGCGGCGUUUUUGUACUAUCCGCAAUUGCAGUUGGUAUUUCGCAAGCGACAGGCGCAGGUGUCGUACGGACAGCGCUGCCGUCCGGUAGGUCUGGAUGCAUACAGCCUGGACAACGUCUCGGUGUACAACAGCGUUCGCAGGAAGGGCAACACGAUGCGGAUGUCGAAACGAUCGUACGGCAAUUCGGCCUUCGAAGAUCCGGGCCUAAAGACGAAUCCACUGACGGUGGUUGAGCUGGCGAACAUAAUCCAGAACAAGACGGCUAUCUACGACGAGUUCAAGGAGAUCCCCAAUGUAACGGCACGUGCCGAUGAGGUGCCGGAGGGAUGCGAGGAUAAGAAUCGGUAUGCAAAUGUGGUACCCCUCCCGGAGACUAGGGUACACCUGAAGCGCAUCAAUAACGACGAAAGGUCAGAGUACAUCAACGCCAACUUCGUCAAGGGACCGAAAGAUUCCGGCAAUUACUACAUUGCCUGUCAGGCACCAAUGGAAAACACCAUCAACGACUUUUGGCGCAUGAUAUGGGAACAGAACUCGAAGGUUAUCAUCAUGGCCACUGAUUUGAGCGAGAAUGGCGUUGAGAAGUGCGCCGAAUAUCUGCCACCAUCGGUGGUGUUGGACAACAACCGAACGUUUGGUGACUUCCAGCUGACGCUGAAAAAUCGCGAAAACAAGGAGAAGUACACGAUCUCGACGGUGCAUCUGCGCAACACGCAGACGAACACAUGGCGCGAGAUCAUGCACUUCUGGUACCAGUGGCCGGACACCGGCGUGCCCAUCGACGAGUCGUCGAUCAUAGCGAUGCUACUGGAAGCUCGCAGCUACUCUCGAUUGGCCCCGGGGGAGAUGGCUGAGUUCACGGGUGGUAUUACGAGCAUCGCCGAGGAAGACAGUAUCGAGGAUGGCAAGUCGUCGAUCAGCAAUGGCGUUACCACUAGCAACAGUGUAGAUAGUUCGAAUAACAACAACUACAGCACCCUGAGUGGUAAGACAUUGUCGGACAGUGUGCCACCGUGUAGCAUCGUGACCAACGGAGGAGUUAACACAAUCGAUAAGCACCGAUCGCUGCAACGAACACAGGGACCAAUUACGGUGCACUGCUCGCCGGGAACCGGUCGCACCGGAACGAUCGUUGCAUGCGAUGUAGCACUGCGAGCGGUUGAGAUUCCACCACGGACGGUAGACAUUCCUCACAUUGUAUACUACGUCCGGAGAGGUCGCGCAAGUGCUGUGCGAACGCGAGAGCAGUACGAACUGAUCUACAGGGUUGCCAAUGUUUACGCCACCAAGUUGACCGGGCCGACGAUAGAGACAUGAGAAAGACUCAUUUAAAAUCAAGUAUUGUGAGUACAUUCGAACCCAGACACGCUUUACGAAACCAGUCCACCACCAAAAUACGAUGGUACAAUCAGUUGAGACAUACAAACAGCUAGAACCGAGCAGAUAUUCAACGUAUUCAACAAGAGCAUGCAAUGACAUACAGGUAAACACAGAUGGUUUUCGUAAGCGAAAACCCAACGAAUGCAGCAAAUAAUUAAGCUUCUUUCUCUCAACAAAAUUGGAACAUUAUCCAAGUGCGCAGAGUUCAUCACCGCUUCCUAGCUAGCGUACGUCGUCCCACCGGGAAAGAACCACAUCGGUGUAAUGUUGUACUGAUCCGAUAUGAUCGCUGUUUUCGAGGUUUCUUGGGUAAAUGAACGGCGGCAACGCGGAUGAGUACGACAACGCACCUAGUGGAUCAGAUUGAUCAUGAAGCGGACAAACUUGGCAGUGAUGCAUGAGUGUUCAGAAAAGGUUUUUCACAUUCGGCGAUGGGAAUUUCGAAAUAAUUGUUAAUCCAGCAUAUUUGAUUGACUUCACUUUAUGUGAGACCAGUUUCAAGUAACAACGACACUACUUUGUUCACUUGCUAUAUAUUUUACUGGGUCAACGUGUCCAUCCGGCCAACAGUUUUCGCCACUAAAGGUUAUUAAUGACUACCCACAAAAAAGGCAAUAGAUCUGCUGCUUAAGUUACCGUGGGCCUCACUAGUCUCCUCUCUUUAAGGCCUCAUUUUUGAAUAUUCCGCUUAACAUGUAUCGGAAAAAGGCGCCUUCAGUCCGGCCUUUCCAUUUGCAUUUAAUUUGUGAAAUUGUCCGAAGAACACACUGAGUGGGUUUUGCAAGUUGCUUUCUCAUCGCAACCCACGCCUUUACCCAGCUCAUCCAGACGUUUUCACCUACAGCAGGCGUCUUUAACCUCUUGCAAGUUCUCGCUGGCAUCAACCAUUCCAAUAUACAUGUUGUCGGAUUCAAUUACCGAAGAGAACUUACCGCGUGUAUGUCGUAUAAGUUGAUGGAGCUUAUUCUUGGGCUGACUAGAUCUGGUAAUUCCGAAUUGGCAAUGUAAGUACUGAAACAUUUAGAAUCCGGAAUCGCAAAACUAGUUAGAAUCUCGGGAUUGGUUAAGGGUCAAAACUGUGUUUAUAUCAAUAUGAAACACCUCUCGACUGUAGCGCCAGCUUGCCAAAUCUGGCCAAAACUUCACCGGACCUUUGUGAGCCUUAAUAAACGAAAGGAGACGUUUCUGCAGGCACUCUUCUGGUCAAAAUCCAUUUCGUUAUCCAUCAGCAUGCAUUUUUCGUAUUUCAUCAGAACCUCUUUGUCUCUUUGACUUCCAAGUGCGUCUUUUGGCUACCAGAUAACCAGAUUCAGCGUCCUGUUUGGUUGCUUGCAGGCACGAGAAUUACGAUAACGAUUACGAUUACGGAUUCUCCGGAUAAUACUCUGGUUAUAGUUGUUUUUUAUGGCAAGGUCGUAGUCCAAUACCUUUAACCUCAGCCUCCGAUCAUAAGUUUCACUACGACGCGUGUUCUGAUCCUUCCAAACAACAGUUGUAUGUUCACGGAAAUGUUUCAGCACAUUAUACACGAUCGAUCUGGCCACUUUCAGCGAUAUCGCGAUUUUAGUACCUAAUCACGCCUGAUUUUUAAUGUGGGUGCCCAAAAUCAGGUUUUCUCCAUCCUGCACAACUUCCAUCGUGCCUCAACUUUUUCGAAACAAAACGAAUGAACAAAAAAUUUUUAUUUUCCAAAGAAUUCGCUGUCAAUAGAUUUCAGAUACGCCUACUAUGACCGUCACUAUAAAGUGAACAGUGAUUUCGGAUUUUAAAUGUUUCAAGCCUUAUUCAUUGGCUUUUCGUGUGUAUUACUCUCCAUCAAAUCCCGACGGCGAAGGUUACCAAAAAGGUCAACCAAAAAUAUCCAUGAGACUUUACAAUGAUAAUACUUUCGGAGUUGGUUCGAUCAGCAAUAUUUGAGGUCAUUUUAGAAUCCAGUGAUAAUCUCUGUGAAGUUUCAUGGAGCGAUACUGCACUUUCCCAGUAGGGAUCGCCAUCGAUGAAAUGGUUUGCCGGUCUCAACCUUUCUUGGAAUUUGUCAACAGUCAUUUCCGGAACCUCAUCACAAACCGAUUCCUGCUAUAAGUGUUGUAGCAUGUCCAGAAGAUCCUCGUCACCUAGUGCCGGUUCCUUAAUUGACUCAACAUCAGCGCCAGUCAUAUCAUCGGAAGGCUUCAGCAUGAGCACGAAGAAUUAUUUUAGAUACGUCAUUCGUCUCUUCAGUAUUUGGACGCCUGUUCACACAACCCGGCCAUAUCGGCCUUCAACAAGCAUUGAGUUUAAAGGGCCAGAAAUCUGCAACAAUUGCACCAAUAUGAUUAACGUACACUUUCAUCGUGAAGGUCUUCCAUGCGACCGGAACACUUAGCACUGGAUUAUUUUCGAUCUUCUCCAAAAUGUAUCGCAUCGUUCUGCCUAUGCAAUGCUUCUUAAAGUUAGAAGUGAUACCAGGGUUGAAGUGGAUGUAUAAACGACGUCGUGUUUGGAACCAAUAAGAUUACUUUCACAUCAAGGUGAACGAUUAUCGGAUGCCCUCAUCAACUUUAUCGACGAGCAGAAGAGCAUGAAAGCCAUGAAAGACCUUUCUCUUCAAAUAGCCCUUGACCUCUGGGAUGAACAUUCUUCUUCUUCUUUUUGGCUUUAAGAGGGUUUAAACUUUUCAGUUCAUUCGCCUCUAGACACGGAUGAACAUUUCGUCCAACGACUGCUUGAAUACAACUAUUGUUACCCAUGCUCUCUGGUUCGCCAGUCAGUGUGCUGGAAGUUAAUCAUAAUCUGCCCACAUAAUCAACGCACAAAGUCACAAAGAACGAUGCCUCAGUAAUGGCUUUAAAAGUCUCUCACCCGCUGCAGAUUUUAUGAGAAUCGUGUUCCCCCUUCUGGAUAAUCUCAUCCAAUUCCACCGGAUACUUUUUGGUAGCGGUCUCGUCUGCUGGAACACAUUGCCCACAAAGUUUCAAAUUGCAAAAAUGAUAUCUUUUCAAAAAUCUGGAAAAAAAAGAAAAACUUUUGCUAGCACUGAAAAAAUUUUUUCGUCGCUCUUGCUCGAAGACGGUUCUUGUCCAACAAAGAUGUUAUACAGACGUAAUGCCUUCUUCCUGAUGGUUGGACCAUCAAGUGGAAGCCUGAGUGUGGUCUUCAGUCCACAGAUUCAGCGCCUUCGACUUCUUUUCAACCAAAAAAUCUCGAGCAUAUGAUAAGUUUUUGUGCAGAUAUCGGUCCCAGCUAUUACUGCAUCGCUAAUCGUUUUCUCAUUCUUUUUUUAUCGUUUUUUAUCGCUCAUGUUGAACCUUUUUGCUUUUUGCUUCGCCUUCAUAGGAAUAGAAAAAAUAUUAGCUAUACCAUGAUGAUAUUUUAAGGCCGUUUGCACGAGGCUAUAGUUUGUGCUCGACCUUGACCCUCAUCAAAAUUACCAAGUUUGCUCCGCUCAACAUAACCGGCAUCGCAGGCGCGUAUGCGAAGCUCUCCCUCUCCUCCUGCACACCACAAAAACUCAAACCGCCCCCUCAAACCAUGCAUGAUUCGAAUGCCGGGUUGAACGUUUUUCUCGGAUGUGACUCUCUGCCUGCUCUGGUUCCCAGAUGAUUCCGGUCAGAUUCACUCCGGAACCGUUGCGAAACCCUUGACUCAUAAUACUUGAUUUUAAUCUCUAGUGGGAUAGAGACUUGAAAUCGGAAAUAAGAUCGGAACAAUUUAGUAACAAAAAAAAACCCCAAAACCAUGAAUUUUGAAUAAAUAAUAAAAAGCUAAAGACUAAAGCGCACGCACACACAAAUACAUCAGAGCACGAUAUUCGUAUUGUUUUUCAUCCACUUCCAAUUCUGCCCUUAUCAGCGAAAUACCCAAAAAGAUUAUAGAAGCUAUUAUUUGAUGAAAGAGUGUUUAUUUUUUCUUUCGAUAUUUUCACUAUAUCUCAGACUACUAUUGAGGAUAGGGAUACAAUAGAUUAGAUAGAGCCGAUGGCAACGAAACAUCGAUUGCAAUAUUUAUUAAGUAGGUUCAGUGGAAUGAAAAAUAUAAAAUAGUUUAAUAGAAUAGUGACAGGUGUGUGCUAAAGAGUAUGACUGCAGAAGGGACACUUUUACUUCAACAGUGUUCCAGUGAUGUUACUCUGUUAUUGGGCUUUCAUAUAAUUGAUUGCUAUCAUUAUUACACAUGUAUAAGACAAUUGUGAUAAUUAAUUUAAGAGAAUUCCAACCAUGGGAUAUUUUUUCCUCUCAAAAAAAACUAGCGGCCUUAAAAUGUACGCGCGCACAAAUUAAUUAUUUAUUCUGAAGGCUUGAAGUAAUGAAAAAAAAUUAGUUAACAUUUAGGAACAAAAAAAAACAAUAAUUUGGACUGAGAAUCUAGAAAAGUUUAUUAGGUUAGGAUACAAUAGAAAAAGAAAGAUUUCCUGCUUUAGAAAAAAAAACUAUGUUAAUCAUUAAAAAAAACAUUAAGUCAUCACAUACAACACAAACAAGCAGACACAAAUGUGUAUUUAAUAUUCUCAAACCUAGAAUAGUGGUGUGUCGGGCUGUUAAAAGCCCUAGUUGAACAAAAAAAAGAUUUCUGUUUGUGUGAAAAACAAAAGUGCGGCUUCAAAAGCUGGUUACAUUGAGUAGUUCAAACCAAUAUUCGCUCUGAUAUUUAUAGAAAAAUUCGCCAAUAUCGCAAUCCUAUUGAACGGAACAGUUUAUCAGCAGUUAACCGAUAUUUUUUGCAUGUUUGUGUAUAAUUACUGUUAUGGGAGUAUAGGAAUAAGGUGGAAAAAAGUUGCGACUGGAAAACACUCUUUUUCCGGUUGCAAUAUUUUUCGGGGCAAUUAAAAACGACGCCCAGAUGAAGCAAUAUUAUGUUAACUGAAUGGUAGAAGAGUAUUACUCGAACCAAUCACAUCUCAAUUUUGUCAGUACUGUUAAAUAAUAAUAAAACAACAUAAAUGUAAA